AGAGCUUCUUUUAAGCACAAAAACAUGACUAAGGAGAAUCCUGACUCAGCUCCAGUGCCAUCCACUGUGGUUUACAUCAACAGCAACACUAUUCAGCCAGAUUACAUUACCUGGUCGACGUUUAGCACAAUUUUCAUGAACAGCUGCUGCCUGGGUUUCAUUGCCUAUGUCUACUCUGUGAAGUCCAGGGACAGGAAGGUGGUGGGAGACAUGACUGGGGCCCGAACCUAUGCUUCAACUGCCAAGAUGCUGAACAUCAUUGCUCUGAGCAUCUCCAUUGUCGUCUUUAUCAUCUUUAUUGCUUUAUCCAGCCUGGGAAUAAUACCAGCUAUAGCCUCCUUACAUACUAAGUAGUUAGUUAAUUAACUAAACUAGUACCUAAUUUAGUAUCUUUAGUACCUAUUAAUGGGACCCCAUGAAGUAUGUGUUCUUGGUAUCAGAGUCAAUGGAUUAAAUUCUCCCAGGCACUGUCUUCGUGAAGAAGGCAUGCAUGUGCUUUGCCCUUCAUAAUUGCCCCUUAUCCUGACCAGAGCCCCUGACCUGUCACUUUACCCUCACACAUCUGUUCACAGUGGAUUCAAUAAAGUGCAUGUGGUAGCAA